ACUUCUGCCCUAGAUGGAGAAACUGAUCUGAAGACCAGGGUUAUACCCCCAGCUUGCAUGGGGAUAGAUCUUGAAUUGUUGCACAAAAUUAAGGGUUUAAUUGAGUGUCCUAAUCCUGAUAAGGACAUCAGAAGAUUUGAUGCAAAUCUGCGGUUGUUUCCCCCAUUUAUUGAUAAUGACCUGUGCCCAUUAACCAUAAAAAACACGCUACUUCAGUCAUGUUACUUGCGGAAUACAGAGUGGGCCUGUGGAGUAGCAGUCUACACUGGCAAUGAAACCAAGCUGGGUAUGAGUGGGGGCAUACCUGAGCCAAAGCUUACAGCUGUUGAUGCCAUGAUUGACAAGUUGACUGGAGCUAUAUUUGUUUUCCAAAUAGUGGUGGUGAUGGUUCUGGGCGUUGCUGGUAAUGUAUGGAAAGAUACAGAAGCAAGGAAGCAAUGGUAUGUUUUAUACCCAGAGGAAGGUCCGUGGUACGAACUAUUAGUAAUCCCUCUUCGAUUUGAACUACUAUGUUCCAUCAUGAUACCCAUAUCUAUUAAGGUAUCUCUCGACCUUGUGAAGAGCUUGUAUGCGAAGUUUAUUGAUUGGGAUAAUGAAAUGAUUGACCAAGAAACGAGUACUCCAGCCCAUGCAACAAAUACAGCAAUAAGUGAAGACCUGGGACAAGUAGAGUACAUUUUGACUGACAAAACGGGUACCUUAACCGAAAACAGAAUGAUAUUUAGAAGAUGUUGUAUCAAUGGGAUUUUCUAUGGGAAUGAAAAUGGGAAUGCCUUAAAAGAUGAGGAGCUCAUAAAUGCUGUUGCCAGUGGUUCUUCUGAUGUUAUACGUUUCCUUACAGUUAUGGCAAUAUGUAAUACAGUCAUACCUAUUCGAAGCAAAAGUGGAAGUAUCUUGUACAAGGCGCAAUCUCAAGAUGAGGAUGCUCUUGUUCAUGCUGCGGCUCAGCUACAUAUGGUUUUUGUCAAUAAAAAUUCAAAUACUCUUGAGAUCAAGUUCAAUGCUUCUACAAUUCAAUAUGAAGCCCUGGAAAUUCUGGAGUUCACUUCUGAUCGGAAAAGAAUGUCAGUAGUGGUGAAGGAUUGCCAAAAUGGAAGGAUUAUCCUUUUGUCAAAAGGAGCAGAUGAAGCAAUUCUCCCUCAUGCAUGCGCUGGACAGCAAACAAGGACAUUUAUUGAAGCUGUUGACCAAUAUGCUCAAUUGGGAUUGCGCACGCUAUGUCUUGCUUGGCGUGAACUAAAAGAAGAGGAAUAUCAAGAAUGGUCUUUGAUGUUUAAAGAGGCUAGCAGCACAUUGGUUGAUAGGGAGUGGAGACUAGCUGAGGUCUGUCAAAGAUUAGAACAUGACUUUGAAGUUCUUGGAGUUACUGCCAUAGAGGAUCGCCUACAGGAUGGUGUACCAGAGACAAUUGAGACCCUGAGAAAAGCUGGUAUAAAUUUUUGGAUGCUGACUGGAGACAAACAGAAUACUGCCAUACAGAUUGCUCUUUCAUGCAAUUUCAUUUCCCCAGAGCCAAAAGGUCAGCUUUUGUUAAUUGAUGGCAAAACUGAAGAUGAAGUUCGUAGAAGUUUAGAGAGAGUUUUACUUACUAUGAGGAUAACGACUUCAGAACCUAAG